CAACACUUUGUGAUUUUCCAAAAAUAAACCAUGGAAUUCUGUAUGAUGAAGAAAAUUAUAAGCCAUUUUCCCAAGUUCCUAUAGGGGAAGUUUUCUAUUACUCCUGUGAAUUUAAUUUUAUGGCUCCUUCAAAAUCCUUCUGGACUCGCAUAACAUGCACAGAAGAAGGAUGGUCACCAACACCAAAGUGUCUCAGAAUAUGUUUCUUUCCUUUUGUGGAAAAUGGUCAUUCUGACUCUUCAGGACAGACACAUCUGGAAGGUGAUACCGUACAAAUUGUUUGCAACGCAGGAUACAGCCUUCAAAAUAAUAAGAACAACAUUUCAUGUGUAGAAGGUGGCUGGUCCACUCCUCCCAAAUGCACCUCCACUAGAGGAAAAUGUCAUAUUCCAAUUUUAGAAGCAAAUAUAGAUGCUCACCCAAAAAAGGAAAGAUACAAAAUUGGAGAUGUGUUGAAAUUCUCUUGCAGACAAAAUCUUACAAGAGUUGGACCAGAUUCAGUUCAAUGUUACCAAUUUGGGUGGUCACCUAACUUUCCAACAUGCAAAGGACAAGUACAAUCGUGUGGUCGACCUCCUCAACUCUCCAAUGGUGAAGUUAGGGAGACAACAAAAGAGGAAUAUAGACACAGUGAAGUGGUGGAAUAUGAUUGCAAUCCUAAUUUUAUAAUAACAGGGCCUAAGAAAAUACAAUGUGUGGAUGGAGAAUGGACAACUUUACCCAUUUGUGUUGAACAAGUGAAACCAUGUGGAUAUAUACCUGAGCUCGAGCAUGGUUAUGCUCAGCAGUCUGUCCCUCCCUAUCAACAUCGAGUUUCAGUGGAGAUGAACUGCAAUAAUGAAUAUACCAUGAUUGGAAAUAACAUGAUUACCUGUAUUAAUGGAAUAUGGACAGAGCUUCCUCUGUGUGUGGCAACACAUCAACUUAAGAGUUGCAAAAUAGGAGGAGCCAAUAUAAGAACGUUCUUCAGACUAUUUGGGAGGGAAUUGAAUCACAAUGCUGCAAUACGUUACAGAUGUUUAGGUAUCCCCGGACACAGGCGCUCAGUCUGCAUAAACGGGAAAUGGAAUCCUGAUCUAGACUGCACAGAAAAAGAGGAACUCUGCCCACCACCACCUCAGAUACCUAAUGCUCAGAAUAUGACAACCACAGUGAAUUAUCAGGAUGGAGAAAAAGUAGCUGUUCUCUGUAAAGAAAACUAUCUACUUCCAGAAGCAAAAGAAAUUCUAUGUAAAAAUGGACAAUGGCAAUCAUUACCACGCUGUGUUGCGUCUACAGCAUACUGUGGGCCCCCUCCACCUAUUAGAUAUGGAGAUAUCACCUCAUUCCCAUUAUCAGUAUAUCCUCCAGGGUCAACAGUGACGUACCGUUGCAAGUCCUUCUAUGAACUCCAGGGCUCCAUAACUGCAACAUGCAGAAAUAAACAGUGGUCAGAACCACCAAAAUGCCUAGAACCAUGUGUGAUAUCUGGAGAAACUAUGAACAAAAAUAACAUACAGUUAAAAUGGAUCAGCAGUGAAAAACUUUAUAUAAAAACAGGGGAUGCUGUUGAAUUUGAAUGUAAAUUCUCAUAUCAAGCGAAGAAAUCAUCACCAUCAUUUCGAGCAAUCUGUCAAGAAGGGAAAUUUGAAUAUCCCAUAUGUACGAAGUUAGCAUAUUUUUCCUGAAUAUAGUCAGUAAAGUAAUCAUACAUCUAUGCUAAAAGUAGCCAUUAUGUAGCCAAUUCUGUAGUUACUGCUUUUAUUCUUUCAGGUGUGGUUUAACUCAGUUUUAUUUAGAACUCUGGAUUUCUAGAGUUUCAGAAAUUUAUAAGCUGAGAGAAUAAUGUUUCACUUAAUAGGAGGGUAUCUGAGUCCAUUUUACAUUGUUAGAAUAGAAUAUCACAGACUGGGCACGUUCUAACCAAUAGUUUGUUUCAUAAAUCUAAAAGUCCAAGA